CUGGACACUAUCAUGAACGCGAUACGACUACGGCUGAUUGAUGACGAAGUGUGUGAUCGGUAUGUGACCAUUGCUUCAAACGAAAAUGGCUGUCGAGUUCGGAACUGGAAAGACGAUAUGUAUUUUGGCAAUUGUAGCUGGAUGUUUUGCAGUUUUGUGGCCGAAAUUAUUUUACCCUAUGCUACAGGCUUCAGUUAAUACACGAAAUCCAACUGAUAAUUCGCAAGUAUCACCAUGCUGCGAUGUUAUCUUCGAAACAGAUGUGAAUGCUAUAAUGAUUAUGACAGAGAUGUGUGGCAAUAUUUUGCAACACUAUGAUGAGAUAGAUCCAAACCUUAUCCAGGGCUUUAAGCAAGGCAAACUCACUAAAGCAGGAGUUGAAGCAUGUAGAAAUGAGGUUUUCAAUAAAUGUGGUGUUGAUAUCACGGCCUUUUUGCAUGAAAACGUUCGCUUGGGGAAAACAUACAAGCAGAUCCUGGAUGAAGUACGUUCUUUCAACAGUUCAGUGUGUCUGAAAUUGAACUUUGGGGUUGCUCCUGGAUUACUAGGAGCUCCCCGUAGAAUGAGAGUUGGGACUAUCCAUAUGCCAAGACAUCUUCGUCAAGAAAGACCACCUCACUUACAUCCAGACAUGUUGCAUCCAGCACUGCGGGAGAGAGGUCGGGCUAUACCACAAUCACACAUCAUACCAAGAGUAGUGGAGAAAGAUGGGCGGCCUGGCCCCAUACCUGGGAUGCGGCCCCCAAUGGGCGGAGCAGGUCAUGUAGUGCCGGCGCCAAAAGGUAGUGGAACAAUGGGUAUCGUGAUGCCCAUAUACACAAUUGGCAUAGUUGUAUUCUUCAUGUACACAGUCAUGAAGGUAAUGUUUAAGAAACCUGGACAGUCUGCAGUCAGCUACGGUGACUUCAGUUCAGAUCCAGAGUUCCGGAAGAUGGUGUUCUCGGAAGAGUAUGUUGAUGAUCACACUACGAACUCUUAUGGCGACCAGUCUCAACAGAGAGUGAAGCAUGAAACGGUUCCCACUAGGAAGACAGCAGAAGAGAAUGGCACAAAACUUGGUUGGAAGGAACGCGAUACAAGGGAUAUAGAGAUUGACCAUCUUCGCAAGCGUCUUGCAGAGACAGAAGCUGCCAUGGAGAGGAUUGUAGCUCAGAUGGGCUCGGUCCCACACAAGUUACACUCUUCCUCAGGCAUACAGUUCCUUGGUGCUAAGUUACAGGUUGAGGAUGCAUUGCAUAGCAAGAAAAAUAAGGAAACUGCAAGUGUAACUCAGGAGGAGUUAUGCAACCUGCAGAAGAGCACCCCAUCUUCAGAUGCUGCUCAGAAGGUAGAUGACUUGUCUAAAGUCGAUCAUGUUAGUGACAGUGGUAAGCCUAAAGUGCAGGUUUUGGGCAUGGAAAUGACAGCCAGUUGCGAAGGGGGACAACGCUGGAGUAGGCCCGGCACACCUAUACUAGCUGUCACCUCACACAGUCGUAGUGGCACACCCAUACCGCCUCCCACACCAGAACCACAGUCUAUCUAUCUAGAGGGAGCUCUUCCUUCACAGUCCCAGCUUCUGGUAUCAGAGUCAGAAACGCAGGCUGUUGCAGUAGACCCGGAGGAUCUGGCAUCUGAUACCGAUGCCCCAGUCAUACUCAGUGGCAAGAUGACCCUAUCUCUCAUCAGCCUGGAUGCUGCACUAGCUACAGAAGAUGAGCAGUUGAGCCGCAGAGAGCCGGUGCUGGACACCACACUGGACGAGAGAGAGAAGCUGCAAGAGCUUGAAAGCGCUCUGAGGGAUGAGACAGCUCCUGAUCCACAAGCCAGUGCAGAGGAAGAAGAAGGGGAACAGAAAGAGGAGGAAGAUGAAGAGCAAGGAGAUGAGGGAACAGGCUUCCAGCACAUGAAUGACGCAGGUCACGGAGAUGAUGCCCUCACUGCAACAAACUACACGACAGCGAGUGCUCCUGCUGAGGCUACGGGAUCUGAAGAAACAGCAGCUGAUUACUCUGCUUUGGAGUCGUUUGGCCCAAGUGAUGACCAGCAGGAGGAACUAGAAGAUGAGGAGGAGGUGUGGAAUGGAGACAUAGGCUCUGCUGAGGAAGAGAGUGAGGAGGAGGAGGCCCAAGCGCAACCUGUGCCUCAGAAUAUUCAGCGACAACAUCAGCGUUGACUUCCAGUGUAUAGAACAGUCUGUGGGCUGACUAGGUGCAUUAUCUAAUGCUUCCAUUACUGUAACAUGAUGCGUAUAGUUAAUUUUAAAACUCAGAUUCCCUACCAGUGAAUGUUCUUCCAGUUAUUGUGGGGAUACUGAUAAUUGCAGUAGUAUCACCCUUGUUAAUGCACAAUAAUCGUGCAGAGUAGAUAUGGGAAGCUGUGUACAUUUAUACUUAACACACUGCACAUUUUAUUGUAUGGCCAUGAUCAAACAUAAUGCAUCUAGCCUAGAUGAUAUGAGACUGUUCAACCAUCAUAUCCAAUAUACAGGUCUCGCUUAUAUUGACUGCACCACAAUGCACUUCAUGCUUGCACCACAAAUUUCACACAUGAAUGGAAGAUAAUGUUGUUUGGGUCUGUUGUGUUUGAUUAGAUGAUCUGGGACUUGCAAGAAAGCUGCCUUAGGGGCGUGAAUGGAAAACCAUUUUCUUUCUUUCACAAUAUAUGCAAGUGAAUUUCCUAUUGCAUAAUUUCCAUUAAUUUGUAAUGGCACCAAUCUCUUGUAGUGGAGUUUCCAGGCAGGUAACUGAAUAAGAUCAAAAAAGUAUGACAAUGGUAUAUUAGUACAGUUGUUGAUUUUUUCAAUAUCCCUUGUCCUCUACCGGAAAUGUGGACUAGGUAUUUUGAUUGGGCUGAACCGAGUAUGAUUUUACCUGAGGACAGAGACAGAAUCCACUCUUCAAAAAUUUGAUUUACAUAAAAAAAAGGAUGAAGGAUAAUGCCAAAAUAAUAAUUGUAUGAGUAAUUGAAUGAAAUGGAUUUUUUAAGUGCAGAAAUGAAAUAUUGCUUUGGUGUCCACACAGAUAUUGGCAGACGCAGCCAACUGAUGUAUUUUGUAUACAUGGACCUGUGUGUUUGAUGCGCCUGGUGGAGUAGAACUCCUCUUGAGUCUUAUAAUAUAUAAAUGAAGUCCAGUAGCUCUAAUUUCAGUGUGAAUAUCAUGGAGCUCAGUUAUGUUAAUGAUGCUUUUUCUGGCAGUCACAUUGUGUACAAAGUUGGGAAGUUAUUUGAGUAAUUCAGAAUUAAGUAGCUUUAAUGAUUAACUGCUGCAGCCAGCCAAAAACUUAUUACUGAAUUUUUAAAAGUAUAUUUAUAUAGUAAUGAUCAAUGUAGAUAUUAAAUGUAUAUUCUGUUUAAAAUACGUUGUUACUCUUCACUUUGCUGAUUGACUUUUAAAAUUAGCUUAGAAAAAUUGUGUGCCAAAGUAUUUAUUAAUUAAUUUUGUGAUCUGAUUGUUCAUCCACUUGAAAUACUUAUAGCCUUCCAACGUGUGAUGUUAGUGUACUGCAAACAAGUAUCCUCGAGUAUUGAAUAAAAAUUAAAUUUACUGA